UUUAGAUAUUAAUUUAUUAAUGGUUAACCUCCGUCUCUAAAAAAGAUUGGCAUCUACUUAAUUAAAAGUUGGUGUGAAUAGAGUUUGGUUAGAUCCAAAUGAAGCUAGUGAAAUCAGUCUUGCAAAUUCAAGAAUGUCAAUUAGAAAAUUGAUUAAGGAUGGCCUCAUAAUGAGAAGAUUGAGAACAAUUCAUUCAAGAGCAAGAGCUAGAAGAUACCUUGAGGCUAAGAGAAGAGGUGAGUGAAUGAUAUUGAUUAAAUUUAAUUAGGCAGACAUACAGGUACUGGUAAGAGAAGAGGUACAAGAGAGGCUAGAAUGCCAACAAAAGUACUUUGGAUUCGUAGAUAAAGAGUUUUGAGAAGAUUGUUGAGAAAAUAUAGAGCUGCUAAAAAAAUUGAUAGAUAAUAGUAAAAUAAUUAUGUAUAAUAAUACAUAGAUAUCAUGAAUUUUAUUUGGCUUCAAAGGGUAAUCAAUACAAAAACAAAAAAGUACUUAUUGAAGCUAUCCAUGAAACUAAAUAAGAAAAGGUUAGAGUUGAUAAGAUUGAGAAAGAAUAAAAUGAUAGAAGAGAGAAGAAUAAGGCUUAAAGAGUAAAGAAAACUUAAAACAAGUUAGCAGCUGAAUGAUUUUUAAAACAAAUAAACAGUAUAAUAAUAAACAUAUGCAUUAUUC